AUGGCUCAGGCUCAACCCCUCCGCUUCGGCCAGAUCGUCCACCUCAAGCCCUCCGAGCUCGCGGCAUACAAGGAGUGCCACGCCAAUGUCUGGCCUGAGGUCCUCAAGUUAAUCAAGGAGUGCAACAUGGCUGAGUACUCGAUCUUCUUCGAUGGUGAACGGACUUUGUUUGCUACCUUCAAGUAUGUUGGCACAGACAUCAGAGCCGAUAUGGUCAAAAUGCGAGCCGACCCCAAGAUGCGGGAGUGGUGGGGCAUGACUGAUGCGAUGCAGGAGAGCCUUAUUCCCGGAGCCGUGAGCACGGUGGAGGGCCCGGGUUGGUGGAAGAAUUUGGAGGAGGUGUUCUAUCUGGAAUAG